AUGGAAACCGUCCUCCAUAUUCAAGGAGAUCCCUCCUCUCACCUAACUCCCCUAUUCCUCGUCCACGCCGUCUCCGGUCUUGCCCUGCCCUACCUUCGUCUUGGGUCAGUGACUCGGGGAGAGGAGUUCCUUGACGCUGGUCGCCCCGUCUACACCAUCGGUUCUCCCAUCUACAACACUAAGCAGUAUCGCCUUCCCUCCAGCUUGGAUGAGCUUGCUCGCCAGUAUGUGGCCCUACUGAAGUACCAACAGCCCGAGGGCCCCUACCUCCUUGGCGGCUGGUCCAUGGGCGGGAUGGUAGCAAUGAAGAUGGCCGACGUACUCCUUUCCUACGGCGAGGAAGUCCUGAAAGUCAUCAUGUUGGAUUCACCUAAUCCGGAGGCCACCCCGGCAUUCCGCAGUCACCGCGAGUUCGAGACCAUGCUCGGGAACGCCUACGGUGCGGUUGCUCAGCGUCUGGGCGUCGAUGCCACCAUGGAGCCAGACUUCGACUCGUCUGAAGACGACGACGAAGAUCUUUUCCUCCAAGGGGGCGAGCUUCUGUCAAGGCUGCACCAUCACGUUUCAAACGGCCUGCGCAUAAUCGCCAAUGUCAAGCUAGGGACCAUGUUCACCUGCAAGCAAACUUACGACGCGGUCCUGAUCAAGUGCACCAAAGCUCCUGCACAGCUAUCUACCACUGGAAGCACCCCGAACCUCAGCUACGAGCGCAAGCUUUUCCAGAAAUUUUCCUUCCGCGAGAAGAACAUGCUGUGGGACCCCCGCGUUUUCCGGAGCUUCAGGUCCAUUCCGAUCCACGCGGACCACGAUGGCAUUCUCGAUGACAUGGCGGCGCCAGAGUUGACCAGAAUCUUGCAAUCUGUGCUGGAACAAACCGGUUGA